AUGGAUGACCAGGUCUCCCUUGACCGUGCUGCCGUUUGUAAACUGCUCCAGCGUCUAUCAGCAACUGUGUUCCAAGAAGAAGAGGAGCAGCAUCCGUGGCGCCGGCAGUCCCGAACUUUUGAUCAACCAUUGCUCAGGCUUUGGGACCAUAACUCAGGAAGCCAACUGGAUGAAGACGGCUUUGAAAACCUCGCCCACUUGUGGUUCCAACGGCGUCGAGGAUCCUUCACUCUGACCGUCGUCGAUCCCGAUAAUCGAAUUCGAAACGGCCUACCCGUCCUACAUGUCAGUGAUGAGAUGGAAUAUUAUCAUGUCCCUGACCCCUAUGACCGAACCAACGAAUACUACAAAGAUCACUACAUUUGCCUGUGGGAGGUCACAAAGAAGGAGAUCGUGGGCCACUGGCGAUGGGAAGUCCUUGUUGAAAACACGAAUUGGUAUGAAGAGAUCGUCAUUCCCGCUUUUGAGCGCAAGCGGAAAGCAGUGGAAUCUGAAGACUUGUCAAACCUCUUCACCAGGCUUUCUCUCAACCGACACGUCCAACCCAACCCGAGCAGUUUCUCUGAUGGCCGUUCAGAUUCACCAAGCGAACUGUUCUGCUUCUUCGACGAUGAGGUCGAUGGUUUCGAUGAGCCAUGUGGUUGUUUUGAGGACGGUUCAGAUACUGACGAUGAAGUCGAGGAGGCCAACGCCACCGAUGAUAUGUUCAAGAUUAUGGAAGGAGAUUGGUGA